GCUCGACGCCCACACAAGCUGGCGCUUGUCUCGACGCAGCUGUCGACGAGAAAGAGCGGCAAGCGCACGACGCCGCCAACGGAUCGCGCGCGAGACGGCUGCGCAGCCCUGCCUUCAUCAGAGGCUGCCCACGCCGCCGCAUGUCGGACCCCGAGUCCCCGCGACGACGAGAUGCCGAUUUAGAGAUUAUCGACAACACGACGCAGGGCCCGUCACCCAGAAACGACGCCUUGGGCGUGAACCUCCUGGGCGAGGCCUGCUGCCAGGCCACCGAAGAAAUGGACGGUUCUGGAAGAGGUUUUGCGGUGGAGGCGACGCCUUUACUGAGUCGAGAUACGACGCACCCCGUCGCGAAGAAGGUGACGCCGUACCUCGCUUUACUGUCAUGCCUCAUGUUCGCGGGCCCUAUAUAUGGCUGGACGCCGAUGCAGGCCAUGUUGGUCGAAAGGGGGGCUUUUCUCUACGAGUGCGACGCGGAAGAAGUCAUCGUAGAAUCGUCGGAUUCGGCCUGCGCGGCGCAGAUCGAGACGUUAUCCGCGGUGUACUCGCUAGCGUCCUUCGUCAACGAGGGCAGCGCCUUCCUCAUCGGCGUCUUGGUCGACUUGCAAGGCUCGGAAGUCACGGUCCUACUGUCCGGAGCGUGCUACGUCGCGGGCUACGUGCUCAUAGGGCUCUUCGACUGGUUCGGCGACUGGUGUCUGUUUGUCGCGUUCAUGCUGUUGGGCGUCGGCGGCAUGGGCUUCUUCCUGGCCUCGUUCCGGGCCGCGGGCCUGACGGAAAGUCGAGUCGUUUUUUUGACGGCGGCGUCUUGCUUGUACGACUCGUCGAGCGGCGUUUUUUUAGCGGUGCAAGGCAUCCUAAACCUCUUCGAUAAUAAUUAUGGCCACUUCCGCGUCGCCUUCCUGCUGCUAGCGGUCCUCUCGCUAGCACUCACGAUAGCUUUAGCGUACUGCUGGCGGCUGAGUGGAUGCGACGCCGUCGAUCAUGAAAUAGAUGAUCGGAAGAAUGCGACGGCAUUACGCUUAAAGGAUAGGCCCUUCGGCCGGGGCCAGCUCUACACGCUCGAGUUCGCGCUCCUGGCGACGUGGGUCACGCUCGGGAUGUUCAAAGCGAUAGGGUACUUAGGUACUAUAUAUGAUUGGCUCGACGCGAUCGGCGACGGCACGAACGGCGUGCCCGAGCUGAUCUCGGGGUUGGUCGUGGCCGGUUGUCUGUGGAUUCCCAUCUUGGCGUACUUGUUUCGCAUUGGCUUAUGUGCCUCGGCUCAUGUGAUUAAUCUGAUAGGCCUCGCGUUCAGCAUCUGCGUUUGUAUUCCCACAGUUACAGCUCAGAUCUUCGGCGCGAUCAUUUACGCCGCGUAUCGGGCGGCGUUCUACGCCUCCGUGCCGAACUUUUGUGCUGGACUUUUUGGGCAGAAAAGCAUAGGGCGGACGGCCGGUCUCUUGUAUACGCUGGGUGGCUUCGCGGCGUUACUCACGGCGCCGAUCGUCUGGGCCGGCGAGAGCGGCUACUGGACCGCGGUCAAUAUUGCCAGUUGUUUACUCGUGGUGCCCAUGGGAGGUUGCGUCCUGUCUUUACACCUGUUCUCGGCGGAGCCGUGCCUGGCGCUGCGGCCGCCGGAUUCGGGGGUGUCUUAACUUUAGGUUUAGGUUC